AUGGUAAAAUUUAGCAUUAUCAAGCACCUAAGGGAAGCAGUACCAAUUUUCGAAGAGCUGAGAGGAAGGCUAGGAGGAAGCAACAAUCAGAAAGAGAAAGGGAGAAAGAAAAAGGGAAAAAGGGAACCAGAGGAGAAGGGGGAUUCCACUGGAGAAGGACCAGAGGUAGAACCUGUGGUGGAAGAUGAAGUUCUUGAAGGAAGUCUUCAAGAGAACUCAUAUAAUGUGGCGAAUAAAAUAUACGAAUCCAAAGACGUGGGAAGCGAACCAAUUGAAUCAGCAAAUGCAAACUCGUAUAAUGUGGUAACUAAAAGAUACAAAUAUUACCCUGUGGGAAGCGAAAUCGAACCAGCAAAUGCAGCAAGACUGCAUGGAGAUAAAUAUUUCUUCUAUAAUUGUAGUUUUUUGGGUUAUCAAGACACUUUAUAUGAUCAAUAUGGACGUCAUUACUUCAAAGAUUGUUACAUUGAAGGUGAAGUGGACUUUAUAUAUGGUAGUGGACAAUCUUACUAUGAGAACUGUAGGAUAAAUGUAUUGGGAAGAUUUUCAGAUUCUGCAGGCUUUGUGACAGCUCAGGGACGAAGUUCAUCAGAUGAUCCAGAUGGUUUUGUAUUUGAAGGAGGCUUCCUUGGUGGGAAUGGUAAAGUGAAUUUAGGAAGAGCAUGGCAACCCUAUUCAAGAGUCAUAUUUCAUAAAACAUAUUUUUCUUCCAUUGUAACUCCUCAUGGAUGGAGUGCUUGGCAUUAUGCAGGCAAUGAGAGUGGAAUCACUUAUGUUGAAGUUGAUUGUGGAGGACCAGGAGCUGAUACCUCAAAUCGUGUUUCAUGGAUGAAAAAGCUAAAUACUUCAGAAAUAGAACAAUUUUCUUUAGCAUCUUUUAUUAAUAAGGAUGGAUGGGUUGACAACUUACCAAUACAAUCCUCCUAA